AUGUGUGGAAAUAAACGAAGUUACCCAGUUCGAGGAAAACCAGGAAUGGGCCAGCAACUGAAUGUGCUUCAUGUUUCAUUUGGUACAACAUUCGAGAUAUCACGGUCCAUGUAUAGAUAUGAUACACGACUCAUAAGGUCGCUGAAAAUUCUUAGACAGUCCACGACCGGUUUCGCCCUUCUUGGGACACAUAAAGUAGGCGCAGUCCCCGAGUUUCCGUCAACCUUAAGCUCAACUUGA